ACACCCAGAGCCUGUGCUGCCGCCUGGGCUGCUGCCUCUUCCCUAAUGGCACGGCCUACAGCUUCUAUGAGGUGACCCUCAAUGGGACGGCUUUCCUCAGCUUCCAUGUCCCCAAUGCCACCUGGGAGCGGCGCUGGCCUGGCAGGGAUGCGGUGGCCACCUUUGCUGAGAGGGAGCUGAUGAAGUACCCCAUGACGACCCGGGACCUCCAGCAUUUCCUCAACACCACCUGCGUUGACAUCUUGCGGGCUCAGAGUGCCUGGACAGGAAAACAGAGCAGCCGGUCGCAUGCCCCGCUGGUGCUGGGCCUGAUCCUGGGGUCCUUUGCCUUGCUGGGCAUGGCUGUGGGGAUCUUCUUGUGCACAGGAGGGAGCUGCUAG